UUAUAGGCCCGAAGCAUCCUGGGAAGAAUUGCCGCAGGGCAUUGUGGGGACCGGUCCUUAUUUUGUAUAAGGUCCUUGCCUUACCAUAUGUGCCAGUGCGUUCCUGCUGUUUUCAGGCGGGCCAUUCUGGGAAUAGGUUGUUGUAGGCUCAGGGCAUUGCUGGGUCCAGGUCACCGAUUUUGCCUGUUGGUUGUGACGGAGCUUUAUUUAUACUCCUUUAAGAUCUUGGGAGCCAAUCUGACCACCAUAGGUGUUGUGUGACUUAAGUGCUUAGUAUUCCAGAGUAUGGAAUACUCCGAAAGGGCCUUGUGUGAUGUGAGUUUGGGGAGGGGUGGGCUGGAAUGGUGGGCGUUGUCUUCAGGUAACCUCUUUCGAGGUCCUGAUUGUCCCUGUUGUACGGUUGCCAGAUAGAAUUAGAAUGUCCAGUAAAAUUUCAGGUAAAUAACAAUCUUAGAAAAGUACAAGGGUGCCACAGCCUGUGAUCUGAGCUACUCAGAAGGCUGAGGCAGGAGGAUUGCAAGUUCACAGCCAGCCUGGACAACUUAAAGAGACCCUGUGUCAAAAAUAAAUAAAUAAAUAAAUGAAAAGGGCUCAGUGGCAGAGCAUACCUGGGUUCAAUCCCCAUAACCCACUCACCUGUACCCCCCCAAAAGGAAGACAGAAAGAUCAUCCCAAAUAUUGCAUGAAUAUACAUAUAUUAAAUAAUUCUUAUUUAUCUGAAAUUCACAUUUAACUCGGUGUCCUGUUUUUACUUGCUAAAUCUGUCAUUUUUAUCCAGGCAUACUGUAGAAUUUCCAAAUUAGAAUUUCCUAUAUAUACUAGGGUAUUAUAAAAACUCUUCUUUGCCAAUUUUUAAUUCUCUCUAUCCUUACAAACUCAGAUCCAGAUAUCUUUGUGUCACUGGGGAUUGAACCCAGGGGCUUUCUACUACUGAGCUUCAUCCCCAGCCCUUUUAAAAUUAAUUUUGAGACAAGGUCUUUCUUAAGUUGCAAAGGCUAGCCUUGAACUUUUCAUACUCUUGCCUCAGCCUCCUGAGUAGCCGGGAUUAUAGGCAUGUGCUAUUGUGCCCAGCUUCCAAUUGUCUUCUUUAGGAAGUUCUCCUGCCAAGUUUCAUCUUUUUCCAGGCUUCAGUGUGAUCUUAAGUCCUCAGCAAUGAACUUGACCUCUGGGCUUUGAAGACAGCAUCCCUCUCUACCUGCCAACAUCCUGUAUUAGAAGAAUUGGUGGCCGGAGGUGUGACUGAAGAGCUGGCCGGGAAGGGACACUGCCCAGCUGCUGCUCUUCUCCUGUCUCCCAUCCCCUCCCCUGGCCAUGACAGAGACUCGGGAGCCAGCUGAGACUGGGGGCUACGCCAGCUUAGAAGAAGAUGAUGAAGACCUCUCCCCAGGCCCUGAGCAUUCCUCUGACUCCGAAUAUACUCUCUCAGAGCCGGAUUCUGAAGAAGAAGAAGAUGAGGAGGAGGAGGAGGAGGAGACCACUGAUGAUCCCGAAUAUGACCCGGGCUACAAGGUGAAGCAGCGCCUUGGGGGAGGCCGGGGAGGCCCGUCUCGCCGGGCCCCCCGUGCAGCCCAACCCCCAGGUCCCCCAGCCCAGCCUUGCCAGCUCUGUGGCCGCUCACCGCUUGGGGAGGUCCCACCGGGCACCCCACCUUGCCGGCUCUGCUGCCCUGCUACAGCUCCCCAGGAAGCACCAGCCCCUGAAGGGAGGGCCCUCAGGGAGGAAGAGGAGGAGCCACCCCGAGCUGGGGAGGGACGGCCAGCUGGGCGGGGGGAGGAGGACGAUGAGGAGGAGGAGGGCACUUACCACUGUACAGAGUGCGAGGACUCCUUUGACAACCUCGGCGAGCUCCACGGCCACUUCAUGCUGCAUGCCCGGGGCUUCUCCUUAUGGCACCUCAGGGUCACCGUGGCCAGGAUGACUCUCCAUUUCCUAACGGCUGGCCAUCUGUGUGGUUCAUGUAUUUACUCGUAGACUCCAGGAUGAAGAGGCUCCAACACAACAGAAUUUUGUUUCUCACUCAUUUAAUAGUCUCAGGUGGGUGAUUUGGUAACCAGGCUCCCCCUUAAGACUAUCAUCACCCACACAGGGUGGGUGGCCACACUUGGGCCCCACUGGUGGGGGAGGACAGGGAGCCUGGAAGUUCUUCUGCGAGCCCUGGCCUGCCUUAACCAAGGAGCCAACUGCAAAGCAACCUGGGAAAGGCAGUCUAGUUCAGGCCCCAGAAAGUAGGAUAUGGUUUGUGGGGGACAGCUAGUGUCACAUUGCCUGAGUACCUCACAAAGAGGACUGCCAUCAGAAUCAUACAAGGCUUUGCAAGCAUUUCCUGAGAGUCUCGUUCUGGGCCAACGGCUUAAUGUAUAUGGACUCAGAAAUUAUGCAUCUAGGAACUUACAAAAAUAGAAACUUCAUGAUAAUUGUAGCUCCCAUCUUCCCAAGACUUGAACAGCGCUGUACUUUAUUUGCAUGAGAUCAUCUGGUUCUUGAAAUAACUUUGUCAAGUAGGGAUUGUAAUGCAUUUCAUUUAACAAAUAAUUUUUGAUCACCUGCUGUGUGCUAAGCAUUGAGAAUGCACCAGUGAAUAAGAUCCUUGUCUUCGUGGAGUUGAUGUGGGGUGAGUAUGGGCUGCCACUGGAGACAGACAGAAAACAAAUGAGAUACAGCAAACGCUGGAUGGUGGUAAAUGCUGUAGAGAAAAUAAAGGAGAGGGAGAGAGGGGAGAACAGUUCUGGAAGGGGUUGCCCUUUUAAGUAGCAUAGUCUUCCCUGAGAAGGUGACCAAGACCUGAAGGAAGGAGGGAGGGAGCCGUGCUUGUAGGUGGAGGAGAGAGAUGCAGUUGAGUGGAGUAGGAGCCCACCUGGGAUGUCAGGGAGACCUGAGUGACAGCAAGGGAGGGAGGAGGGCUGAGCUGAAGGAUCAGUGAGGGUCAGAGGGUAGCAGAGGGCUGGCUCAUUGCAGCCUUGGUGAAACCUGGGCUCUCUGGUAUGGGAAGUACUAAUUGGCAGAGGAUUGGCACCAAAGCUGCUUUGAAAAAUAGACACCUAAUCAUGAUAGUUACCGUUUACUGAACAUUUAUAUGUGCCAAGCCGUGUUCUCUGGUGCUUUACAUGGGUUCGCUCAUAGAAGCCUGGCAACUAAGAACCUCCAAGAAUAGGACCUGAAUUACCAUAAUGGCAUCAUUAAGUCAACACUGCCAGCGGACCAGGCCCUGGGCUAAGUGCUUUAUGUGAACAAAUACCUGGGAUCCUUAGGAGGUAGGGACUGUUGUGGUUUUUUCUCAUUCAUUCAGCAGUGCUUUAUCAAGUACUUGUGAGAGGCAGGCACUGUUCUGGGAGCUAGGAAUGCCGCAGCAAACAGAAAAAAAACCUCUGCCUUCACGGAGGUUACGUUACAGUGGGGAAGACAGUAAGCAGAUGAUUAAGUAAAAUAUACAAAAUGUGUAGAAGGCAGAAGAAAUAGGAAGUGCAGUGGGAAGCUGGUGUGUGUGAAGGUUGUAGUGUUCAACAUGGUGGUCAGGGACCACUGAGGUCAAGUACCUGAGAAGGUGACAUCAAAUCAGGACCUGGACAAGGGAAAGGAGUGAGCCACUGGGCUGUCUGGGGAAACACUGAGUGCAAGAGUCUGGGGGGCCUGCUUGGGAUGUGUGAGGAAGUGCACGAGGCGCCAUGAGCUCUGGGAGCAAGGGGAGGACUGGUAGGAGGUGGGGCAGCACAGCAGAGGGCUGUGCCAUGUCGGCCGUGGCACCUUGGCUUCCUCUGAGUCCUCGUAGUAACAUAGGGGCAAUUUUCAUGACCAUUUUAUAGCUGCUGUAGCAGGAAUGUACAGCCAUUGAGUUACCUGCUAGAAGUCACACAGCCAGUGAGAAGCAGAGCUCAGGUUUUAACCCAGACAACCUGGUGCAGGGCAUAGGUUCCACUACUGAGCUGCACACCACUGUGGCUGCCCACAGCUAGUCAGGCUGACUUGAAAGGAUGUAGCUGUCUCUACUGAGGGCUUAUUUUUUGCAGUGUUGAGGAUUCAAACUAGGGGCAAUUUACUACUGAGCUACAAUCCCAAUUAUUUAUGUUUUAUUUUUUAUUUUGAGAUGGUCCUCCUAAGUUGCCGAGGCCAGCCUGGGACUUGUGAUUCUCCUGCCUCAGCCUCCUCAAUAGCUGGGAUUACUGUCACACGCCACCAUGUCUGGCUAGCUACUGAAGUUUUUAAGAUCACAUUGAUUACCAACAUUGAAAAUUGGGAAAUUUCACAUAAAAAUGGAAGUUUCUGCCUUCUUGAAAAAUUAUGAGAGUGGGACUCCCUCCCAUGAGGCAGUAGUUUGAUAUACUGACUGGGGGCCACCUCCUAUGGGAGAGGCAUUCAUUCUGGGGUGCCCCAUGCCUGACCUGCCUGGCACAGAACACAUUUGAUACCUGUUGUAGGAUCUUGGACCAAAGUGUCUUUCAAAACCCACACUUCUCAUCCAAGUCACAGAACCUGACAUCUAAUCUUUGAAAUGGAACUUCUAUAACCUUUGUCACUGAUCAUCACAGAAUUUGAGGCGUCAAGGCAUAAAUUCACAGCUGGUAAAAACAAGAUGUUUUAUUGUAACAAAAUACCUGAGACUGGGUGCCUUAUAAAGAUUAAAAAUGCAUUUCUCACA